AUGGCUGGUGCGGACGAUUUUGAUGAACUUUCGUCAAUCGAGAGAUUGAGAGACAUUCUAUGCAAUAUUUCAGGUAAGGACAAGCUUGCAAAUAGGUUCAGAGCUCUUUUCUAUCUCAAAUCCAUUGGAGAAGAGUUUGGAAAAGAUCUUGAAAGGGCAAACAAAGCAGUUGAUUAUAUCAGCGAGUGUUUCCAUCAUAGUGAUUCGGAACUUUUGAAGCACGAGGUUGCAUAUGUUCUUGGUCAGACCAAGAAUAUGAGAGCAGCUCCUAUUUUAAGAGAUGUUCUUCGUGAUAUGGACCAGCAGGUUAUGGUGAGACAUGAAGCUGCAGAAGCUUUGGGUGCUCUCGGUGACAAGGAUUCUUUGGAGGUUCUUACCAAAUACCUCAAAGAUCCUAAGGAAGUUGUCCCUAUUCAGCAGACUUGCGAGUUGGCCAUUGAGAGAAUCAAAUGGGCUCAUUCUGAUAAGCCAAGCAAAGAGAAUUUGGAGAAGUCAUUGUACUCUUCGAUCGACCCUGCUCCUCCUAUGCCAAUUGAUGCAAAUGAUGCCGAUAGUAUAGAGAGAUUGAGAGACCUUCUUAACAAUCAGGAUGCUCCAUUGUUCGAAAGAUAUAGAGCCAUGUUUAGAUUGAGAGAUAUGGACAGUGAUGAAGCCUGUUUAGCACUUGCUUCUUCUCUUAAUGAUCCUUCUGCUCUUUUGAAGCAUGAAGUUGCCUAUGUUUUCGGUCAAAUUGGUAAUCCUAUUGCUGUUCCUCAUUUAACUGAGGUCAUCGACAGAAAUAAUGAAGCCCCAAUGGUGAGACACGAAGCUGCGGAAGCUUUGGGUGCCAUCGCUACAGAUGAUGUUCUUCCAGUGCUUAAAAGGCACCUAACCGAUAAUGUUAGAGUCGUUAAAGAGAGCGCCAUCGUGGCCUUGGACAUGUAUGAUUACGAGAACUCUAAUCAAAUGGAGUAUGCUGGAGUGGUUGAGUAA